UGGCAUUCACAAUUCGCAAACACAAGGGCAACAGACCAAGCAAGCAACAAGCAAGCAAGAUGAGCGGCAGUAGCGCGGAGCAAGAGGAAGUCAGGCAACAGCUGACGCUGGCACUGGAACAAGGGCGUGCAGAUGCCCUGCGUCAUGUGCUCGAUCACCAGGCGCAGAUUGCCGGUGGCGCUGAUGGCGUGCGACACCUUCUGACAUCCACCCCCAUGCAAGAGGGCAACGAGACCAUGUCGCCGCUGCACUACGCAAUGAGGAUGGGGCAUGCCGAUGCAGCGCGAAUGCUGGUGGCCGCAGGCGCCGACCUAUCAGCCGUGGACAGUGAAGGGCGCACACCCGUUGAUCUCGCCAAGCAAGGCCAUGUGCCGGACGUGCUCACCAGCGAACUCUUCACGGCCGUGGCCCGGGAUGACGUCGAGCGCGUGACGCAACUGCUGUCAGCAGGCCUGACAUUGGACGGCGUGGACAACGCAGAGAAGGGCAACACCUGUCUGCACUGGGCAGCCAGCCUCAGCCAACCGUCCACCGUCGAAUUGAUUCUGGCGAAGGGUGCAGAUGUGAAUGCGCGCAACGCAUGUGGAGCAACACCGCUGCACGAUGCCGCCAAGAGGGGCGACUUUGACGUCGUGCAGAUGCUGCUUGCUGCUGGCGCCACACGUGACCCCGUCGGUGUUGGCGGUGCAUAUGCACAGCGCAGACCCGUCGACAUGAUCACACCAACUGCUCCCAACGCCGCACAGCUCGCUGCCAUCCUCCACCCAGACGCUGGGCUUGCCUCAGCAAUGGCGGGCGAAGAAGCCGCCAACAGCAACGCCACCACCGCUGACGCAAACGAGCGAGCAACGCAGCAACAACAGCAACAGCAACAGCAGCCGCAAGAACAGCAGCAGCAAGAGCAGCAUCAGAAUCACGAGCAGGGCGGGGAGGGCGUGUCGCCGCCCACAUCGUCGUCGUCGUCGUCGUGGUUUCCUGGUCUGGACCGAUUUGUGCAGCUGGCAGCCGACAGCAUGGAGCAGGAGGAACGCGAGCGCAUGCAGCAAGAGCUACUGCAGAAGCAGCAGGAACAGCUGUCAAAUCUGCAAGUGAGCGACGAGCGCGACGGUACGGCUGUGGCAGAUGACACCUCUGCUGCUUCGUCUGAGCACAGCAGCGAACGCAUCGACCCCAUUCUGCCUCAGCUCAGCCAUCCACUGCAGCUGCUGUGGCCGCAGCCGCGCCAAAUUACGCAGUUCCGCGGGCGCCCCUUUGUGCCCACACCAUCCCUCGAAAUCUACUUUGCUCCAUUCGAUUCUGCACACGCCGCCGACAUCGAUAGCAUCUUCGAUUACCUGACGAGCGGGCUGAAAGCGCUCGGGCACACGACGACGCGCACGCACUACCCGACACUCAAGUGCGACGUGACGUGUCGCAUCACUGCAGCGCUCGCCCGCCGCCCAGAGGCAUACAGGGUCGUCGUCGACAGCUCAGGCGUGAUCCUGAAUGCCGGGGACGUGAGCGGGCUGCGUCACGCGUGCACGACGCUACUGCAGCUGCUGCGGUUGUGCUGCUGGCGCCCAGUGGACAUGAACACCGAUGCAGACGCCACGCCAACCAAGUCCACGCCAGCCGACCCGAGCACAGGCAACGACCGCGAGCACCGCGGCAUUCCACCGCUGCGCAUCCACGACUUCCCCGACUUUCCCAACCGCGGGUUCAUGCUCGAUGUUUCGCGGGACAAGGUGCCGACGAUGGCGACGCUGUAUGCACUGGUGGACCUGAUGGCCUCACUCAAGAUGAACCAGCUCCAGCUGUACAUGGAACAUACCUUCGCAUACGCCGAGCACAGGAUCGUGUGGGAAGGGGCUGAUCCGUACACGCCGUCGGACAUAUGCGCACUUGAUCGCUACUGCCGCCAGCGCGGGAUUGCGCUCGUGCCGAACCAGAACUCGCUCGGUCACUUCCACCGCUUUCUCAAGCACGACAGAUAUCGCCAUCUAGCAGAGUGCCCCGAAGGCAUCAACUUUGGACCACGCCCCAGCGGUCCCAUGGAUGCGCCCUUUUCCCUCUCCCCAAUCGACCUCCGAUCUAUCAGCCUGAUUUCGUCACUGUACAGCGAGCUGUUCCCCAACUUCACAUCCUCCUCUCUCGCCCACGUUGGACUCGACGAAACGGUUGAUAUCGGCCAGGGCGUUUCCCACGACGACUGCGCUCGCGAUGGGCCGGGCGCCGUUUAUCUGGCGUACUUGCAAGAGGUGCGCAAGACGUGCCUGAAGCACAACCGGACGAUGAUGUUCUGGGCAGACAUGCUGCACGACUACGAGUCGGCCGUCAUGUUCUCGCUGCCAUCUGAUGUGAUUGCGAUGGAGUGGGGAUACGAGGAGUUACACCCGUUUGAGGAACGAUGCGAGCUCAUGGCAGAUGCAGGCGUCUCGUUUUACGUCUGUCCGGGCACGUCGAGUUGGAACAGCCUGACGGGCCGGGUGUCCAACUGCAUUGCGAAUAUCCGCAACGCGUGUGAGGCCGCGCUCAAGCACGAAGGGCUCGGCGUUCUGCUGACGGACUGGGGUGAUUUCGGGCACACGCAGCCGCUGUGCUUGAGCUAUCCCGGAAUUGUCACCGGCGCAGGCUUCUCGUGGCGCGUCGACAGCAAGGCGUGCAUUCCACGGGACGAGCAGCAGCGGCUGGCGGAGGACUGGCGCGGGGAGUGGGGCGAGGAGGAUCUUGCUGUGCUCAUCGACCAUCACGUUUUCCACGAUGAAGUUGGCGGGCUUGGACACGUGCUGACGUCGCUCGGAAAUCUCUAUCUCCACGCAGCGGCGCCAGCGCGCCUAAACAGGAACGGCACGUUUCUCUUCCGAUUUCUCAACUUCCACGGGCCAGACACCAACAUCUGGGACCGGCUCAACCUCGACGGGCUCAAGUCGUGCACGCGUGAGCUGCGGAUGCAAAUGCGUCUGAUUGAGGCACUCGCUGACCGGCGCGAUCUCAACGAAGAAGCGCAAACUACGGUGCGGGAGCUUGGGCUGGUGUCGGAGUUUGCGCUCUUUGCGUGUCGGCUGGCGAUGUUGCAGACGCGCGCACAGGCGCCAAUUGCGUCACUCGAACUCACACACAGAACGGACCUGGCGAAUCGGCUCAUCCCGCUGCUCACGAAAUACAAGGAGGUGUGGAUGCUGCGAAACCGAGAGGGCGGCUUCAAAGACUCCGUUGGACGAUUGAACCACACGCUCGACUGUCUCCUGCGCAAGAAGUGAACAAUACACACGCACGCAUGCACGCACGUGCGUACCUGCUGUGCCAUCUCAAUCAUCACUGUUGUUGGACAGUAGUAAACACUGAGGAAUGAAACGAG